CCAAACACCCAGAGAGAGCGAAUUUUACCCAUCGCUUCCUUCAAUGGAACGUCGCCCCCUUAUUACUAUAAAAGCCCGCUUUUGCCAAGUCACUAUCAGUCCAGCCGUCGUCCCAUACGCACUCGCAUCAUGAAGAUAAUAGCUUGGUUCUUUUGGUGCCUCGCUGCCAUCGUCGCUAAGGUCACAGCUGGAGGACAUGGGGGCCACCAUCACGUCAAGUUCAUUAUUCCGUACCAUCACAAGACCAUCAAGCACACCCAUACCAUCCACAAGACCAUACACCACAAGCAUGAGGGUGGUGGUGGUGGUCAUGGGUUGGGACACAGCCAUGGGGGAGUUCCCAAAGGAUGGCACUAAAGCAACUUUUUCCCUUUGUGAUAUUCUUCGUUGUUUGAGGAAGGGCGAAGCAGACAGGGCUCUGUAAUGCUUGCUUUUCAACCAGAUUACCUUCUAGUAUUAUUGCUUUGUUUUUGUUAUUGUUUUGUUUUGUUUUGUUUUGUUGUUUUUGUAUAUAGUUUUUACUAAUCACUCUGUAGUACCUACCAACUGUGUUUCUUCUCAACUGUCGUACAAAUUAUUUUGUAUUUUAUGUACCUACUAAUAAUUAAACGAAUUAGAGAGUUUGAAA